GAAAGAGAUCUAGAGAGAGAGAGAAUGCGUAUGAUAUAUGUGUGUGAAGAAGAAGAAAAAGAAGUAGGAAGAAAGAAAGCGUCAGGGGCAUGUCCAUAUUGUGGAGGGACAGUGGAGGCUGUGGAUAUUGAAGGCAAAGGCAAGCUUUUUUGUUUGCCAAUUUGUUUGAGGUUUAAAAUAAAGUAUAUUUGUUCUUUAUGUUCUAGGCGCCUUGUUUUGUACCCUUAAUUCAUUUCGGUCAAAUCAGUAUUCAGACUUCUAGCUU